AUGGCGUCGUCCAACCUCCCCGACCCGGACCUCUCGGCCCUGACGUCCUCGUCGCAGAUCUUCUCCGCCGCCGGCGGCAGCCCCUCCUACACGCUGCCGCAGAUCCGCAGCCUGCACAAGCACAUCCACGUCGCCAUCGACGACAAGCAGGCGCGCCUGCGCACCCAGGUCGGCGGCAGCUACCGCGAGCUCCUGGGCACCGCCGACGCCAUCGUGCGCAUGCGCGCCGACGUCGACGAGGCGCAGGGCGUGCUGGGCCGCAUGGGCGCGCGCUGCGGGCGGGCCGUCGUCGGCGGAAAGGUCGCCGGCCUGGGGCGCUUUGCCGCCGAGCGGGACGGGGUCUGCGAGGAUAGGUUUGGCAGGCGGAGCUCUGGCGAUGCUGCGAGGGUUAAGAUACUCGCUGAGUGCGUCUUGGUUCUUGGGGGCUUGCUGCAGGGGCGGGCUGGGCAGCAGGAUGGGGAUAGGCUUGUCACUGCGACGAAGGUCCUUGUUCUGGGGGGCUUACUGGUGAAGAGCUUUGAGGAAAAUAAGCCUUGUGUUGAGAUCAAGGCUGCGCUGGGGGCGUCUACAAAGAGCCUGGACAAGUUGAGGAAGCGGCUUUUGCGGAGCAUUGAUAGAGUCCUGGAGACGGUCGGUGAGAAUACCAGCAGGGACCUUCUGCUCAAGGCCCUCUGCGCACACAGCCUGGCAACUGGAACCGGUACUCGGGAUGUCAUCCGUCACUUCUUGGAUGUCCGUGGCAGUGCGAUGGCGUCGGUCUUCGACGUCGAAGAGCACCGGAGUUCCAUGGAUGUUGUGAAGGGACUCGAGCUCUACACCAAGACAAUUCUCGACGUGCAGUACCUUGUUCCCAACAAGCUCACCGAGGCCCUGUCAUCCCUGAAGAAGGAGCCCCUCCUGUCCGACGCCUCUCUGCGCGGGCUCGAAAGCCUGAGGCUAGAUAUCUACGAACGGUGGUGCGGCGACGAGAUCUCCGACUACAAGCCAUCGAUCCGGCACGACGACCUCGACGGCAAGCAAGCCGUAGACAUGCUGACCAAGUGGACCGCCAAGGGCAGCGAAGUGCUACUCCAAGGCCUGGAGAAGACGCUGGAGCGCACGACCGAGUUCAAGGCCAUCACGGAGCUGCGGACCGAGGUGCUGCAGCUGUGGAUCCGCGACGGCGGCAAGGCGCGGGGGUCGGACCCGUCCGUGAUGCUCGGCCGGCUGCGGCAUACCAUCAACGCGCACGUGGCCGGCGUGCUGGACGGCAAGGUGCACAAGCUGCGCCUCGUCGGGUCCGAGGUCGCGGCGACGCUGGACGUCUGGCGCGCGGGCGUCACGGACGCGCAGCCCAGCCUGUGGGACACGGGCUCGCUCGACAUGGACCUGCACCACGGCGCGGGCCCCUUUGCCCUCGACGUCGUCAACCGGCUGUACGGGCGCAACGACGCCGUCGCCAGGGCCGUCACGGGGUACAAGUCGUGGGCGCAGGUCAUCGACGACGUCGAGGGGGUGGUCGAGCAGCUCAAGAGGCAGAGGUGGGACAACGAUGUUGACGAGGUCGAGGAUGAGGAGACCAUCGACGAGAGACAGCAGGCCCUCAGCAGGGACGACCCGGCUAAGUUGCAGGAGAGGCUGCACAGCGCGCUGGAGAAGUCAUUCCAGGAGCUGGACGAGCACUUAUCUAAGCUGUGGGACGCGAACAAGGAGGGCGAGAACAGUGGCAAGAUCGCCAUGUACCUCCUCCGGAUACUCAGGGACAUACGAGCGAGGCUGCCAAAGCUCGAGUCCGUCAAGGGCUUCGGCUUGGGCAUGGUCCCGUCUCUCCAGGAGGUCACGGCUGCCACCGUCGCGGCGGCGCCGGUGGAGAGCUUCGCGAGCGGCGCCCUGACGAGGAGGAAAGUCGUUGGGCGGAGCUUGUGGGAGGGCGAACCGGAGCUGCCGACCUCGCCGUCGCCCGGCGUCUUCAGGUUGUUGCGCGAUCUGACCGUGGCGAUGGGCGAUGCUGGCACAGACCUGUGGAGCCCUAGCGCUGUCGCGGUUCUGCGGAGGCAUGUGAGCAAGGAACUCUCUGGGCGGUGGGCGGCGACUUUGGAGGCGCACCUUGCGGAAGGCGAGGUUAAGCCUGAGGAUGAAAAGCCUGCGGUCGAGGCCGGUGGUGACAAGGCUGAGAAUGGGACCAAAGAGGACACGGCUGAGAACACGGAGGAUAAAUCUGGGGAUGGGACGCCUACGGAGUCUGCUGAGGGAAGCAGAGUUGACAAGCAAGGUGGCGAAGAGGCGGCUCAAGAGUCGGUGACGGAUGAGAAGCCAGAGGCAGUUGAGGACGCCGAAACGAGCAAGGCAGAGGCAGUGGAUGAGUCAAAUACAGACAAGGAGGCAGAGGCGACUGCAGAAGCAGCGGUUGCCGAGAAGCUACGGCGGGACUUGUUGGUGCAGUGGCUCUUUGAUGCCGCCGUAUUGAGGCUCUCCAUAAGCACGGCGCAGACCCCGGAUGGGCUCAAGGAGCUAGAGGAGUCCGUCUGGAAGAAGACGGACCUCGAGGGCACAUCUUCACAGCAGCGCCUGAACAAGUCAUCGCAGGAGUACUGGAAGAGGACCAGCUUGCUGUUUGGUCUGCUGAGCUGA